GUCUGCCCACUCGCCUCUCGUUUUUUUAUUUCUCAAUGAAAGAAAGAAGAAGGAAGAAAGAAGAAGAAGAAGCAGCGGCGCGCGCGUGAAUUGAAAACAGGAAAGAAUCGCCGUCGAACUCGAGACAAACGUCAUGCCAGUUAAGGAAAAAUUCAGCAUAUUUUCACUCCUAGAAUUCGAGGCCCUCGGAGCUUCGGCGAUGUAACGAAUCGGCCGAUUAUCGUCACCGAGAACGGGCAAAACAAAUGGAGAAAAGAUGUGGUCGGUGUUGCGAGCCUGCGAGAGUUGCCGGUUCGCAAUGCGGCCCAAUUUCUCACGCUGGCUUUUACCGCGCUCCAAACACCGCAACGAUUCCUUUCUCAACCCCAACAACAGCCAGUACAUCGAUCACAUGUACCAACUGUGGCGGAACGACUCCAAAUCCGUCGAUCCCUCUUGGGACCAUUACUUCAAACUCAUGACUUCCGACGCUCCCCUUAAGUCGCACGAGAGCCCGCUCAGCCUGCCCGGGAGCAAGAACACCCGGCCCUGGGUCGAGGACAAACCUCAGGCACGAGCCCUCGUGCCUCCGAGGGAUUUGGGAACCUCGCAGACCGGAGCCGCCGGCAGCGGGGGCUCGGAACUCGACAUCGAUGCAACCAUUCGGGCUUAUCAGGCUCGAGGGCACUUGAUAGCGGACAUCGAUCCGCUGGGAAUUCAAAAUCCGGAAUCGUCGAAGCUGCAGGGGACGCCGAACCUGCCUCCGGCCGUAGUGGUCCGUCAGCAUCUCAGUGGAAUGACGGAAUCGGACAUGGACCGAGAGUUUCCGUUGGGCUCGAUCACGAUGAUCGGGGGCGAUAAGAAGAAGCUUCCACUUCGCGAAAUUCUCACGAGACUGAACGAGGUUUACUGCGGCCAUUUGGGGCUCGAGUACACUUACAUCCACGAUUUGAACGUGCUAGACUGGUUGCGACAGAAAUUCGAGGUACCAGGAGCCUGGCAACUGCCCCCGGAGCACAGAAAGUGGAUUUGGAUGAACAUCAUGCGAGCCGUCACCUUCGAGAGUUUCCUCGCCAAGAAAUACGGCACGGAGAAGAGGUUCGGACUCGAGGGCUGCGAGUCGUUCGUCCCUGCGGUCAUGCAGUGCUGCGAAACCUCCGCUGAAAAUGGGGUCGAAACUGUCGUCAUCGGAAUGGCGCACAGGGGGCGACUCAACACUCUCGUCAAUAUAUGCGCGAAACCCAUGAACCAAUUGUUCUCGCAAUUCAAUCCGAUCGACCUGGAAGGUCUGGGAUCCGGCGACGUCAAAUACCACCUGGGCACGCACUCGGAAAACCUCUUGGAGAGGAGUGGCAAGAGAAUCAGGAUCGCGAUGAUGGCAAAUCCGUCUCACCUCGAAGCGGUCGAUCCACUGAUCGUCGGUCGUGUCAGAGCGGAGCAGGUUGCCAAAGGCGAUGUUCGGAGCGAAAAAUCGGUGGCCAUUAUCGUUCACGGGGACGCAGCUUUUGCCGGUCAAGGAAUUUGCUACGAGACGAUGCACCUGACGAAUUUGCCGGAGUACACGACCGGCGGCGUCUUCCACUUCGUCAUCAACAACCAAAUUGGCUUCACGACCGAUCCGAGGUACUCGAGGUCGUCGGCGCACUGCACCGACUGCGCGAGGGUCGUAAACGCUCCGAUUUUUCACGUCCACGCUGACGACCCCGACCUCGUCGCGUACUGCAGCAAAGUCGCUGCGGAAUACAGAGCGACGUUCCACAACGACGUCGUCCUCGAUAUCGUUGGCUACCGACGAAACGGUCACAAUGAAAUGGACGAGCCGAUGUUGACGCAGCCGAUCAUGUACAAACGCAUAAAACAGCACGCGAACGUCCUCGUUGUUUACACCGAGAAGCUACUCAAGGAUGGAAUAAUCGACGAAGCAUUCGCCAAAGAGCAAACCCAGAAGUAUCUCGAGCACUGUGAAUCCGAAUUCAAAAAAGCUCAGAGCAUCAGCACCAUGCAGAUGAAGGACUGGCACGACGUGCCGUGGACCGAUUUCUUCGCUCAGCAAAGCCCCGACAAGAAAAUUCCGCCCACCGGGAUCGACGAGGACGUCAUAACCAAAAUUUGCUCCGCCGUCUCCGUCGUUCCGGCCGGAAUUGAAGCUCAUAGCCAAGUUCACAGAGUCCUCGAUAAACGAAAGAAGAUGACGGAGGCUGGACAAUUCGAUUGGGCGAUGGGCGAGAACCUGGCGAUUCUGAGUCUCCUCAAAGAAGGUCACCACGUUCGUCUCUCGGGCGAGGACGUCGAGCGUGGAACAUUCUCACACAGAAUUCACGUAAUCCACGAUCAGAUGGAAGACAAAAAGUGGAAAAAUAUAUUGCACGAUGUUUUUGCCAACCAAGCCUUGUACACGGUCACCAAUUCUUCCUUGUCCGAAUACGGAGUUUUGGGUUUCGAGCUCGGUUACGCCGCGUACGAUCACAACACCCUGACGAUAUGGGAAGCGCAGUUCGGCGACUUUGCCAACACCUGCCAGGUCAUCAUCGAUUCCCUGCUCUGUUCCUCCCAAUCCAAGUGGGGCAAGCAAGUCGGUUUGGUUCUUUUUCUACCUCACGGCAUGGAGGGCCAAGGCCCCGAGCAUUCGUCAGCUCGACUUGAGCGAUUUCUUCAGCUGGCUAACGAGGAUUGUACUCACAUGCCUGAAGCACCCAAAUCCGGAGAUUCUUCCGCGAAAGAUUCGUGCGAGGAAAUCAUGUCGCGUCAGAUAUUCGAGACGAACUGGAUCGUCUGCAAUCCCACGACUCCGGCGAAUAUUUUUCAUGCUCUGCGCCGUCAGAUUCUUAUGCCUUUCCGCAAACCGUUGAUCGUCAUGACCCCGAAAUCGUUGCUGAGGCACCCGAUGGCGGUUUCGCCUCUGGAGGAAAUCGCGAGCGGUUCCUCCUUCAAACCGAUUUAUCCGGAGAGGGGAACGAAGGAGGAUUCGACGGUCGAGAAAGUGGUGCUGUGCUCGGGCAAGGUUUACUACGACUUGGCGAGCGAGCGGAGUCGCAGGAAGCUCGACGAACGGAUCGCGAUCGUGAGGAUCGAGCAGCUCUGCCCUUUCCCCUUUCAUCUCGUCGCCCGCGAAGUAUCGAGAUACUCGAAACCCAAGAUAAUGUGGCUGCAGGAGGAGCACAAGAAUCAAGGAGCCUAUUACUACGUCAGAGACAGAUUGGCUCUCGCCCUUGGAGUGCCCUUAGAGUCAGUCAAGUACGGCGGAAGACCGAUUUCGUCGUCGCCAGCGACCGGGAGCAAGGUCAUAUACAAGCAGGAGUACGAAGAGAUGAUUUCGGUGGCCAUGAGUCUCGAUUGAAAGCUUUCGGCGAAAGGAGAAUGAAAUUCCCGAUGUACACGCCGGUGGAAAUACACGCGUCGAGCAAUUA